AUACAAAUGAAUGUAUAUGGAUAAAAAAUGGAGAACACUAGACAAAGAGUGUGUCCGGUUAAAGAUGACUUUCCUUAUAAGGUCGAGCUUCACGUCCAUUUAGACGGGGCAUUCCGAUUGGAGUCCAUUUUAGAUAUCGCCAAAAAGCGGAAUAUCCCACUUCCUGCAGCAGACCUGGACGGUUUUCGAAAGAAUAUUUCCGUGUACCACGCGCUGUCACUCUAUAAAGUUCUCAAGUCCUUCACAGUCUUUAUGCCCGUCGUUGCGGGUGACCGUGAUGCAAUUUCAAGACUUGCUUACGAGUUCUGCGAAGACAGUGCAAAGAACGGUAUCAAGUAUGUCGAAGCGAGAUACUCCCCACACCUCUUAUCCAAUAACGAGGAGAAACCUGAAUACGCGUUGGAGCACGGUGAUCUUACGCCACGGGAAAUAGUAAAGAUAAUAAACGAGGCAUUUGCGAAAGGCUCCAAAGAUUACAACAUCCGAGUGAAGAGUAUAUUAUGCUGCAUGAGGCAUAGGCCAGAUUGGUCCGACGAAUUGGUUAAUUUGGCGCAUGAAUACAGGCAGGAAGGAGUUGUCGCAGUAGACAUUGCAGGAGGUGGUAAUCACCAUGACGAUGUAGAAGAAGUUCAUCCGGACCACAUCAAGGCCUUUAAGCGCGCAAAAGAUCUUGGCUUGCAUAUAACUGUACAUGCGGGGGAAGCUGGCGGAGCUGACAGGGUGAAACAGGCCAUUGAUGAAAUGAAUGCGGAGCGUAUCGGUCACGGGUACCGAGUUUUGGAGAAUGAAGAUUUAUAUGCCGAGGUAAGGCGCCGGGGAAUACACUUGGAGACUUGUCCCAUCUCCAGUAUAUGCACGGGUGCAGUGCCAGAGGACGUUCACAAACACCCAGUGGUCAGGUUUGCCCAUGACAAGGCCAACUUUUCCAUUAACUCCGACGACCCAUUGGUGUUUGAUAGUUGCCUGUUUGAUGACUACCAGGCGACCAGAGAAAUGGGACUUGAUGACUCCUACAUCCGUAUUGCCAUUUUUAAUGCAGCGAGAUCAUGUUUUGCCAGCGAUAAAGAAAAGGCAGACAUCCUGAAAGAACUCGAGGAUGUCUAUGGAAAACAAUGAACACUCUCCUGAUUGUUUAAACGGAGUGUAUGUGGACUAGACGCAAUAGUGUACCAAGGUUGCAGCGAACAAAAAAAUAAACAUUAUUUGAUGAAAUUAUUUCCAUAACGAUACUAUAGAAACAUCAUUGGAAUUGUUGCGAUUUGUCCAACGAAUUCUGCGUAUCUUCCACGUAUGUGUUUUAGACUUGAUGUUCGCUAAAUGCACCAUGCUCUACCCUUUUCUCUAGUUUGGGAAUAUCUUUAUUCCGUGUUUAAAUUGAGCAUAUAACACCUUUCCCUAUAAAAAAAAAUGCAUUUUACAGUAAAUUUUCAGCCCAUGAGUUAUAUACAAUUUAGAUAUGUAUGUUUUUUUUAUUAUUCCGUUUAAAAAAAUCAAGAAUGUUGCUAAUGCCUUUACAAAAUGCAUUUGGAUCCGUUUGAGUGUUGAGCAUAAUAAAAACAUAAUAUUAACUAUGCAACAUAUCACAUGUUUAUAUGUAGGGAAUUAUAACGUGUUAUAGUCAACUUUACACAUUAUUCUAAAUUGAUGUGUUCUGUGUGCAAUGCUGCGACGAUCUAUUUCAUAUACACUUUUACUGUAAACAUUCAACUUAAAUUACUGUUUUUUAAAUUAUAGCUACGUGGCCACAAAUUCCCCUUUCCAAAAGCGCCAAAAUAUCACAAAUAGAUUUUUAUCUGUAUAUGAUAUU